AUGAAGAUAGACCCAUCCGAAAUCGCGAAAAAUCCUAGCCCGCUAAUAGGACUCUCAGGAGAAGCCACUAUAGCUUUUGGGUCGAUUAAUCUCAAGGUCAAAGCUGGAACAAUGAAAAAAGUCACGGAGUUCCUAGUUGUAGACCACCUUGCGUCUUACAACGUGAUCAUGGGUACGCCAUGGUUGAAUUCCAUGCGAGUGGUUCCGUCAACAUACCACCUUUGUCUCAAAUUCUCAACUCCUCACGGAAUAAAAACAAUAUGGGGAAAUCCAAGAGUAUCACAGGUCAAACACAAAAGAUGUAAGUUAGGACCCGAACGUGCCUCCGCAGUUAACGACGAAGUCGAAAAACUCCUUAAGGUAGGAUCGAUAACGGAAGUGAGGUAUCCUGAUUGGCUUGCCAACCCUGUCGUGGUCAAAAACAAAAAUGGGAAAUGGCGAGUCUGCAUCGAUUUCACCGAUCUCAACAAAGCCUGUCCGAAAGACAGUUUCCCCUUACUGCACAUUGAUCGACUGGUCAAGGCAACAGCGGGAAACGAACUCUUAUCUUUCAUGGACGCCUUCUUAGGAUACAAUCAGAUCAUGAUGCACCCUGAUGAUCGCGAGAAAACUGCGGCGCAACUUAUCAAAGACUUGUGA